AGAAAUUUGAGUUCAGUGACUAACUUUCAUGUUGAUAUUUUUCUUUCUUCUCUGUUGUUUUAGUAACCUAUUCUUUUUCUAGAUUAAUUAAUGAGCAAAGAUCAAAAACCACGAGUACGCAAACGAGCAACACAUAUUGUAACCGAUUCCAAACCAAGACACAACUAUGGAAGUGAAAAACCUUUGUUUGUCUAUUCAUGCAUAUGCGGACAGAUGUCACUAAUAAUUGAUUGUCUAGUGGAAAAACUGCCAAAACGCCCCAGAGAUGAUGCUAGAGUUAUUGAUGGAUCCAAACGUGCUCAUAAGACAACUGCUACAGCUGUUAAUCCACUCACCCCGGUUUAUAUACGUUGGCCAAAUGGUAUAGAGAAACAGUUUCGCAGGUAUUGCAAAGGUUGUGGAUUACCCAUAUUUUAUCGUCAUAGUGCAGGAAAUUCCACGACUGAGUUCAUCAUUAAAAAUGCGUUGAAACUCCAAGAUGAUCAAGCUGCUUUAUCUGCAUCUAUGCUUUGUCCUAAACGACCAACUUCAUCAAAGCAUAUUGAUGAAAGCUGUGCUAAUGCUAGAUUACUUGAAGCAUUAGCUGCUGAAGCAGCUGCCCUACAAAAAAGUGAAACAUCAAAUAAUGCUCCAUUACGACGAAGUGUUCAACAACAAGAAACCACUCAAGGGAUAGAUACAGCUGUCACUGUUUCUACUAUUGAAGAUGAAGAAGAAGAAGCUGAAGCAAAAGAAAUCGCAGACUCGUAUGCAGCUAAUGCUCGUGUAAUCGAACAAGAGAUGAUCCGACGCGGCAUUAUUAAGCGAAGAUUAGUUGACGAGGCUACUGAAGAAGCCCAACAAAGACGAAUUCGUGGAACAUUGAUCGAUAAACAGUAA